AAAGAUCGUAGACAUAACCAAGAGACAACGCUUUAGUAAAGAAAGUCAACACGAAGUCAACUCCAUGGUGGGAUGUUUAGCCACAUCCCACUUGGUGUUUAAUAUCUGAGUACCAAACUUGUUUGUGACAAUUUAUCCACUCCCCAAAAAAGUCUUUUCUUUCACACAUUGAUUGAUCAUCAAGUCAAGUGUGCCAUAACCAUAAACAGAGUCUUUCAUUUCGGAGAGCAGCUGAGAAAAAGAAAAAAAGAAAAUGAAGUUUGAAGAAACUCAAACACUCUUACCUGUGAGAAAACCUGUAAACGGAGGUUGUCACAGCCGUGAUCGCAAACGUGCUGGUUACAACUACAAGCUUUGGGUUCUAGCUGCAGUACUACUCUUAGCAUUUGGUUCUAUGUUAACCGGUUCUGUCUCUCUCAAAGGAAUCGGUUUGUUUCAUUCUGUUGACGGCGUUAACGGGUUCUCCGCCGGCGACGAUCUAGACGUCCUGGAAAUUGAGGAGAGAGAGAAAGUGGUGAGGCAGAUGUGGGAUGUGUACGGUCGCUCCGGUGGUGUCAGGGUCCCUCGGUUCUGGCGAGAAGCUUUUGAGGCGGCGUAUGAGUUUCUGAUCAGUGAUUCCGCCGCUGUUCGAAGCGGUGCCGUUUCUGAUAUCGCUAAGUUGUCUCUUGUUCGCUUUGUUAAGUCAGAGUCUACUCCGGCCCGGCCCAAUCUCCGUUGAGCUGUGAAGAAUUUGAAGAUGAAUGAAGAAAAAAACCCAAGAAAUAAUUUAAGUGUAUAUAGAGAUCUAUAAUUACAUACUGAAAAUUGUAACCGUACUUAAUAAUCGAUGGUUAAAUUAUGAAACUGUGAGGAAAAAAAAUAAAAUGAAAAAUGCAUAAAUAGUGUUUUCGUUCGA